AUGUGGCUGAACAGUCUGUUUUCAAUCCUCUGUUUGGCCCUGGCCGUUAGCUUCGACUACGUGUCUGCAGUAGUAUGUGGGGACGAGAUGUUUUUCGCACCCAACGGUACUUACGAUACCAACCGUCGUCUCGUCCUCGCAACUCUUGCUUCCAACGUCAUCUCUCAAGACGGCUACUACAACGUCUCUGUUGGUGAAGGCCCCGGAAGGAUAUAUGCCUUAGGGAUGUGCAUCCCAGGGACUGAACCACAGAUCUGUUCAGACUGUAUCCAAGCCUCGUCCAAAUAUUUAUUACAAGACUGCCAGAACCAGACAGACUCAUAUGACUGGAGCCCUCCUUUCUGUUAUGUUCGUUAUUCCAACAGCUCGUUUUACAACGAGAUUACUCUCAAGCCGCAAUACGCAGAGUACUACACUGGAGAUAUCCCUGGGAACGUAACAGAGUUUAACAGAUUAUGGGAAGAUCUCAUGAGGCGUAUGAUAACAGCAACCUCAUCUUCAACUCCUGGGUCGCCUGCACGGAGGCAUUAUACUGUCGAUAUGAUCCCUUUUACAGGCUUCGUUAAUAUAUAUGCCCUGAUGCAGUGUAUUCCUUGGAUAUCUUCGGAGGACUGCCAAAAAUGUCUUCUAGAAAAUGUCCGUAGGCAGCAAAAUUGCUGCAGUAAGUACAAAGGAGGUAGCGUUAGGAGGCCGGUCUGCUAUUCCCUGACUGAUACUUCUCCCUUUUUUGGUGCUUUUGAUAACAUAACGUUGUCCCCACCUCCUCAAGGCCCUCUACCUCAAGCCCCACGUACCUCGCCUCCUCUAGGGGAUUUGACCAAGAAAGAUGGCAAAACGAUCUCCACAAGAACUGUAGUGGCAAUUGUUGUCCCAGUAGCAAUAAUUGUGCUCCUGCUUGCUCUAGGCUUUGCAUUUUACAGGAGUAGAAAAUCAUAUAAACCAAUGAAACUUGAAACCAAUGAUAUAUUUGCAGCUUAUGAUGACAUGGCAACUACACAUCAGCUGCAGUAUGAUCUUAAUACAAUUGAAGCCGCUACAGAUAAUUUUUCGGACGAGAACAAACUUGGUGAAGGUGGAUUUGGUGUAGUUUACAAGGGUACAUUUUCAAACGGAACAGAAAUUGCGGUUAAGAGGCUAACAAGAACUUCAAGACAAGGCUUCCAAGAGUUCAAGAACGAGGUCGUUGUGGUGGCAAAGCUUCAGCAUAAUAAUCUUGUUAGGCUUUUAGGUUUUUGCAUGGAAAGAGAAGAAAAGAUACUCGUCUAUGAGUUUUUGUGUAACAAAAGCCUCGAUAUGUUCCUCUUUGACACUACGAAUCGACCACAGCUUGACUGGACAAAACGCUACAAUAUCAUCGAAGGAAUUGCUCGAGGGAUUCUAUAUCUUCAUCGAGAUUCACGGCCCAAAGUCAUACACCGUGACCUCAAAGCAAGCAACAUUCUUCUAGAUGCUGGUAUGAACCCCAAAAUCGCGGACUUUGGGCUGGCAAAGAUUUUCGCAGUAGAGCAAACUAGAGACGAGACUAGCAGGAUUGCUGGAACAUACGGCUACAUGGCUCCUGAGUAUAUGAAUCUUGGUCAGUUCUCCAUGGAAUCUGAUGUUUAUAGCUUUGGAGUCUUGGUUCUUGAGAUCAUUAGCGGCAAUACUAGUAGUAGAUUCUACAGGAUUGGUGAUACUGAUUGCAAUCUGGUCACAUAUGCUUGGAAGAUCUGGAGGAAAGGCAGCUAUGCGGCAGAAGAGUUUGUGGACCCGACUUUCGGGGAUAAUUAUCAAAUCGAACAAGUGACUCGAUGCAUUCAUAUAGCACUUUUAUGUGUUCAAGCCGAUCAUGCAGAUCGACCAAAAAUCUGUAAAAUCAACUCGAUGCUCACUUCUAGCAAAAUUAGUCUUCCAGCGCCACAUGAACCAGCUGGGUUUUUGGUACCUAGUCGAAGGGCUUGA